AAAGUUUGCAAUCACAUGAUCAUCAAAAUGGCAGAUGAUGCGAAAUGCUUUCAGGCCCUCUUGAAUGGAUUAGCUAAAAGAAAUUAUUACGGGGUUAAGGAACUUACAGAUGAUGUGCUGAAGGAAGAGAUUUAUCCUGAACUUGGUCAAGAAGAAUUCAAUCGCUUGAAUUCAAAAUGCACAGGUUUACUCAAGAACCUCGUCUCAGCCGACAUGGACAUGACGCAGCUGGAAGCUUUCCUCACGGCUCAGAUGAAGAGAAAGGAAGGGGGCAUGAGUGAGGAGCAGGCCGCGGUGAUGAGAAAGUUCUGGAAGGGCAACAAGGCCAAGAUCCACGACAGCAUCGUCUCUCAGACCAUGUGGGGCAAUUCCCUGCAGAAAGUUUCCUGGAGGGUGGACCUCAAGUCUCAGUCCAUGACCGAGGAGCAGAUCAAUACCCCAACCGCCAUCAUGGAGCUGCAGGUCGCCGACAAUCUCAACAAGCAAAGGAAUGCCGAGGUCAUCAGGUUUGAGCUGGACGAGGACAAAGUGGCAGAAAUGUUGAGCAACAUGAGGGAGAUAGACGCUCAGAUCCACAAGUAUACGGGGAAAUAGAGUGUGUGUGUGUGGGUAUGUGUGUGUGUGUAUGUAUGGGUGUGUGUGAGUGAGUGUGUGUGUGUUACUGGUAACUUGAACAUUAGCUGAAGUGAAAAGUUUGAUUAGAACAGAAUGAUGGAAAUCCCUGGUCAUGUUAUCUUUAUGUGAAGCCUCAGUGAGUGUAGAGUAUAAGUGUGGUAUAUGAGUGAGUGUAGAAGUCUGAAGUAUGAGAUAGUGUAUAAGUCUGAAGUAUGAGAUAGUGUAUAAGUCUGAAGUAUGAGUGAGUGUAGAAGUCUGAAGUAUGAGAUAGUGUAUAAGUCUGAAGUAUGAGUGAGUGUAUAAGUCUGAAGUAUGACUUGUGUAUAAAUUAUAUACCUGCGUUAAUAAAUUAUUCAGUGGAACAAGGAA